AUGAGUGAUAAAGAAGGUGAAUUAUUUAGCGAUAAUAUUCCGACGAAUACCAUCAGCGGCGGGUUACGUACCGAUAAGCAAUCUAAAAGACGGCGUAGCUCUUCUAGUAGUAGCUCCUCGAGCUCCUCAAGUGCUCAGAGUACCUCUUCAUCAGCUAGCUCAAAUUCUCGAAAGCAUAAAAAAGGCAAUAAACGUAAAAAGAGGGGCGGCAAACGUAAUCGUCAUCGUCAACGUGACCGCCGUCUCUUAAACAAGUUGACACAGGAAGUUCAGAAACUUCGAGAACAAACAAAUUUAAAUUUUUUGAAUUCGGAUUUAGUUGAUGGCAAUAUUAGCGGGGAACUUUCCAUCGAUGGCAGUGAGCACGAAUCCAUUAAUAAGCAAUCGGAAAUACUUACGGAGCCGAACUUCGUAUUUGAAAUCGAAACGAAGCUCAAGGAACCCUCAGUUCCCAAAGCUCCUCAGAAUUAUUUAGCGACAUUAAAAGAGAUUCAACAUUUUGAACGUAGUGAGUGGUGUGAAGUUCGAUACGCGGAGACUCAGAAGUUAUAUAAUCACACUCCUGGUUUUGUCGAGCUAGAGGCCAAUGACGAGAUUAAAGCCUAUGAUUCAUUACGGCAUCUUGCCCAUUCCGAUAAAGCAUACGCUGCCUUAACGUUUUGUGUUCUGAAACAACGCGAAGUUUUACAAACUACCCUCCGUAAACUCUUACAAUGGGCCCGUGACUCUGAAGUUACUUAUGAAGGGCUAGGUAAGAAAAUAAACGAACACUUUUUAAAUGGUGAGUUUUAUAAGACUUCAUCGGAACUGCUACAACUAGUUUGUGGCCAUCGGGCGGAAGUUGUUCAGAUGAGGAGAGACGGUAUAACAAAUUGUCUACGGGAUCCUUUAACUAAGGUUGCCGUAAAGAAAGUACCCCCCUCCUGCCGCCAUUUGUUUGAAGCUGAAUCACUGACCAAGGUACUUGAAAAAGCUGGUGGCGUCCGGAAAGCUUUCCUGCCCUUGAACAGACAUGGUUUAAAUGCUCCCGCUUCGCAAGCUGGACCGAGCAAGCCUGUACACCACCCCUCGCAGGGGCAGGUGAAUCAAAAUGUACCUUCUCAUGGAUGUUGCGCUUCCGGGCGCAUUUCCCAUACAAACCAACCCUCGCAGGGUUGUUUUCAUUCUCAUCCCUCGCAGGGACAGAGAUAUAAUAACUAUAAUGACAAACGUCAUACAUUUUCGAAUAGCCACAGAGGUUCCUUUCGUCAAAGAGGGGGCCGUCAAGGGAGCAAGACUCUGGACAGUAACAAAGGACAAUUUAACAAUCCGAAACGUCAUUCAACCUCCUCGGAGAACAACUCUAGAGGAAGAAAACACAGUCGGGGUGGAAAUUACUAAGAAGCCCUAGAGGAAAGAAAGUUGACCCGGUUUUUUGGGUAAGCCACUGUAAGGAGCUCCUUCACGACAGGCGUGAAGCAGCAAAGUGUUCAAACUUAUUUGUACAUUUAAGAGGUCAACUUAAAGCUGCAUCUAGGACAGUGAUUGCUGGAUGGGUAAGGACAUUAUUAGCUGAAGCUGGAAUCAUCGCGUCCCCGGGUAGUAUUCGAUCAGCGGUAGCUUCAAAGAACUGGGCUGACAACGUUCCUAUAGACGACAUCCUAUCGCGAGGAAAUUGGAGAUCUGAAAAUACUUUCAGACAUUUUUAUAGACGGGAAAUUAUCAAAGUCCCUGCGCAUUAUGGUAUUACUAACUCUUUUGUUCCAUAUCAUUAAUCAUUUUUCAAAUGUAUUUGAUUCCAUAAGUUUUGCUACUUGCCUAU